AUGUUUUUUAAGUUUGUCCGCUUUUUAAUAUACAUAUUUCUGUACUCCUUAUGCUAUCAACAUGUUAACAAUGUUUUUGCGUUACAUAUUAAUAAAUAUAAGAAUGUGUUUUUAUUUGAAUCACCUAGUGUGUUAAUAAAGAACAGAAGAAACUAUAAGAGGAAAAUAUAUUCACAUGACGAAGAAAAAGGAAAGUACGAUUUUCAUAGGAUUGAGGAAAAAUGGCAAACCAUAUGGAAUUCAAAGCGUUUGUUAGAUAAGGACUUUGAGCAGUAUAACAAAAUUAAUUUGGGAAGAAAAGAAAAAAAGGAAAAGAGACAUAAGGAUAAACAAAAUGGUUUCAUUGACAAACCAUAUAACGAUGUAUACGAAAAAGGUGAUAAUACAUAUAAAUAUAAUAAGAAAAAGUUUUACAUAUUAGAUAUGUUUCCUUAUCCUUCCUCAGAAGGAUUACAUGUAGGUCAUAUAUUAUGUUUUACGAUAACCGAUAUUAUUAGUAAAUUUAAAAAAAUGAAUAAUUAUUGUGUUUUUCAUCCGAUUGGUUGGGAUUCCUUUGGAUUACCAUGUGAUAGAUUAUCGAUGAAAAAAAAAAUUGAUCCUAGAGAAAUUAUACAUAAAAAUAUAUCUAAUUUUAAAAAUCAAUUAAUAAAAUUAGGUUUUCUUUUUAAUUGGGAAAGUGAAAUAAAUACAUGUGAUGAAAAUUAUUAUAAAUGGACACAGUGGAUAAUUAUACAAUUGUUUUUAAAUAAUUUAAGUUAUAAAAAACGUUCCUAUGUUAAUUGGUCAAAUGAAUUACGUUGUGUUAUAUCAAAUGAUGAAUUAAGAAAUGAAAUCAAUUUACAAUAUCUGAAUAUACAAAAAAUUAAAUUAUUACAAUGGUAUCUUAAAAUUACCAAAUAUGCAAAUCGUCUAAUCAAAGAUCUAAAUAUGAUUCAUUGGCCUAUGAAAAUUAAAAACAUGCAAAUUAAUUGGAUUGGGAAAAAAACAGGUAUAUUUCUAAAAGCUCGAAUUAUUUCCUUAGACAAGUUUUUAAAUAAUACUCAUUUCAAUUUUGUUAACAUCAAGAAGUCUUAUAAUAACAAUAUGAUAAAUGUAUUUUAUAAUAAUAUUUUUAAUCACCUUUUUUUUAUAUUUAUAAAUUAUAUUUUAUCUAUAUUUACUUUUCACAUGUAUAUCAAUAAUCCAAAUGAACAAAAACAACAACAAAAAAAAAAUACACAUAUAAAAGAAUUAAAUAAUAAAAUACAAAAAUAUAAUUAUAUUAACAAAUACGAUUUUUUCUUUUCCUAUCAUCAAAACGAUCUUUUUCUUUUCUUUUCCUUUUUUUUUAAUUAUUAUCAUAAUAGAAAUAUUGACCAAAUGAAAAAACAAAAAUUGAAUCUUCCAACGGAACCUUUUAAAAAUGAACAAAUUCGUGUUAGUCAUAAUAAAGAAAAUAAUAACAAUUCAUCAAAUCUUGAGACAAAUUGGGUAAGUUUUAAUAUACAAAAUUGUAAUGAUAUGAUAAUAAAUAUUUUGUUCAAUAAUAUGGAAACCUAUAAUGAAAACUAUUUCUUGUACCCCCUUAAAGAUGCUACAAAAGGUAAAAAUUAUAUAAAUGGUCAUAAUAGUAAUGACAAUAUGUUUAAUGACAAUAUGUUUAAUGACAAUAUGUUUGAUGACAAUAUGUUUGAUGACAAUAUGUUGAAGGACCAAAAUUCAUAUGUACAAAUUUUUUUAAAUAAAAAUGAAGUUAUUCUUCAGAAUGAUAAAUUAAUAAUAAGCGUUAAUCAUCCAAAUAUUAGAAAUAUUGUUAAUCACAAUCCUUUUUUAUUAAAAUUUAUUGAUAAAAUGGUUCUUGAAAACGAUACUGUAAGAUUAAAAAAUGAAGAAUUAUAUUUCACAGGUUCAGUUAUUUAUUUUCCCAUAAUGAAUAAAAUGAUUCCUGUUUUUUUAUGUGCAUAUAUUUUGGAUAAUAAUAAAAAUUUCCUCUUUUUGAAAAAGGAGAUGACACAAACACAGGACAAAAAUAGCAAUACUAAUAUAUCAUUAUUGUAUAAAAUGUUGCAAGAUUCAAAUUAUAGUAAAAAAAAAAAUAUUUAUAAUUUAAAAGAUUGGUUAUUUUCAAGACAAAGAUAUUGGGGAGAACCAUUUCCUUUUCUUUAUAAAAUGAAAGAUAAAAAUGGAUAUAUGGAUAACACUAAAAUUAAGAAUGAUGAUCAUAUGAAUGAAAAUAAUCAUAAUAAUAAUAUGUUGAGUGAUUGUAAAGAUAUUAAUAAUUUUUCAAAUUAUAAUGAUCAAAAUAAUAAUAAAAAAAUAAGAAUAAGAAAAGUGAUAAACUCGCCAAACAAUAACAUAUAUAUAGAUGAUAUUCCUUUAAAGUUACCAAACUUUAAUAAAAAAAUAUAUGAAAUAGAUCCUCAUAACGAACAGGAUGUAAAUAAUAUUUCUUCUGUUUUGUCAAGAUUUAAAAAGUGGAUGAUUACCAAAAAAUAUAAUAUGCUAUACAAACGAGAAAGUGAUAUAAUGCCACAAUGGGCUGGAUCAAGUUGGUAUUUUCUCAGAUAUAUUGAUUCAAAAAAUAAAAAACGAAUAUUUAAUAAAAAAAAAAUUAACUCAUGGCUACCUGUAGAUUUAUAUGUUGGAGGAAGUGAACAUGCUGUUUUGCAUUUAUUAUAUUCGAGAUUUUUUCAUAAAUUCUUAUAUGAUUUGAAAUUAACCAAACACAAAGAACCUUUUCAAAAGCUAUUUAAUCAAGGACUUCUGUUAAAUACAACCUCAUUCUAUUUAUAUACCACCUUAGAUAAUAAACCUGUUAGUUUUGAUCAAAUUAAUGAAAAGAAAAUAAAUACUAAUGCAUACGAUUAUACAAAUCGAGGCACAAAUCAUCAUAUCCAACUAAAUAAAAAAGAAAACGAAAAAAAAAAAAAAACGUAUAGCCAAAAUGUUUGUGAAACAACUAAUUUAUUAACGAGUCAGGUUUUACCUGACCAUGCAAGCUUUUGUUCAGGUGAUCAAAAUGGAAAUAUAAAUAAAGAAUUAAAAAAUGAAAGAAAUGAAAAUAUGAAAGAAAAGGACAUAGAUAUUUUGAGAAAAAGUAAAAUAAAUGAUGAUAUGAAAGAAAAGGCGAUAGAUAUGUUGGGAAAAAAUAGAAUAAAUGAUGAUAUGAAAGAAAAGGCGAUAGAUAUGUUGGGAAAAAAUAAAAUAAAUGAUGAUAUGAAAGAGAAUGUGAUAGAUAUGUUGGGAAAAAAUAAUUACACAAUAGUUGAUAAUAAGUAUAAGAAAUUUUUAAUUGAAGAAGAUUAUGUAAAGGAAGGAAAGGAUCAGAAAUAUUAUUUGAAGAGUUUUCCGUCCAUCGAAGUACAACCAAAUUACGAAAAAAUGUCUAAAUCGAAAGGGAACACGAUAAACCCAUUAGAUAUAGUAAAAACAUAUGGAUCAGAUUGUUUACGAUUACAUAUAUUAUUUUUAGGUCCCGUAGAUCAAAAUAAGAAAUGGACAACUAAAGGAAUAAAAGGAACGUUUAAGUUUUUAAAUAAUUUAUAUAAUUUAUUUAUACAAAGAUGUGAUAUAAAAAAUAAUAAAGAGAGUAAUAAAAAGAAUGUGUGCACACGUGUAGUAGAUAAUAGUAUGAAUGAUAUGAUGUUCCAUAAAGAUAAUAUUGAGAAAAGUGCUAACCACAUUUUAUCAAAUAAUGGAUAUGAAAAAAAGAAAAAGAUAAAUUUAGAAAAUGGAGAAAAAAAAAUAGAAUAUAUGAUUUGUAAAAAUUGUAAGAGGAAGAGUAGUAAUAAAAAAUUAAUUUUAAAUUUUUUAAAAAAUAAAUAUGGGUUUAUAAUAGCAAAUGAAAAAUAUAAAAAAGUAAAUGAUUAUGUAAACAUAAUAUUAAAAAAUGAUUCACAUGUAUUUAAUAAAUUAUCUGAUAAAAUAAAAAAGAUAAAAAUAGAAGAUAUUGAAAAUGAAAAGAAAAAAAAAGUAAAUUAUUAUAUAGAAAAAAUUACGAAUUGUAUUAAUGAUAUAAAAUUAAAUACAGCUGUAUCUUUUUUUAUGAAAUUCUAUAAUGAAAUAAAAACAUGGGAUAUUGUUCCUUUAAAAAUAUUUAUUAUAUUUGUAAAAUUGUUAUAUCCAUUUUGUCCACAUAUUUGUGAAGAGUUUUGGUUUUAUUAUUUAAAAAGAUAUAAAAUUAAAAAAAGAAAAAAACUAUGUUAUUUCUGUAAUUCAAAUUUGUUAUAUUAUGGAAAGUGGCCUUCCUUAUUCGAAAUAAAACAAAACAAAUUGGUCAACAUAUCUAUAAAACUGAAUAACAAGCAUAUAACAUUUCUUCAGAGGGAUGUAUCUAGUACCUCUGACAUAACAGAAGAAGCAACUAACUUGAUAAAACAUAAAAUCGAAAAUGAAAUGAAAAAGGGGAAGAAAAUUGUUAACAUAGUAAAUAUUCCAAAUAAAGUAAUAAAUUUUAUAAUUAAAUAG